AUUAAGUGCAACAUGCUUGUAUCAAGUGUGAUGUUAUGAGGUUCAUGUGUAUCAAUGAUAAAAUAAAUAAUGAUAUAAUCUGUACACAAUAUACAAUGAUAAGAAACUUCUUACACUUACACAAUAAUACAAAGAUUACAGUUUUAUUUCUUAAAAAAUUCAGUAAAGCAAAUAUGGCUAAAUCGACGAUCAGUGAUUUACGGCAAAUAUUCAAGAGUAGUGUAUCAGCAGUUCUACCCGAAAAUCUAAUCAGAAAAUCAAUCAAAUUUGAUGUGACUAACCAACAGUUGAAUAUAGCUGGUAAGAACUAUAAUUUACAACAGAAGAACUUAUACUUAGUUGGAUUUGGAAAGGCCGUUCAGAAUAUGGCAAUCGAAGUAGAAAACAUUUUAAAUACCCAAAUUUGUGAAGGAAUUAUUAGUAUUCCUGUUGGAAGUUUAGUUCAUAAGAAAAAUAAAAGUAAUGUUACUUACUGUGAGGGUGCGCAGAAUAAUUUGCCUGAUGCUGAUGCAGUAUCAACUGCCCGGAAAAUAAAAGAACUAGUGACUAAAUUAGGUGGAAAUGACCUACUUUUAGUUCUCAUAUCAGGAGGAGGAUCGGCACUUCUUCCUCUACCAAAAGAUCCAAUUACUAUAGAAGAGAAGACUCGACUUAUAAAACAAUUGGGUAACUCAGGUGCUGAUAUCACAGAACUUAAUAGUGUAAGAAAGAGAAUUUCUGAUGUGAAAGGAGGGCAGUUAGCUAUCAAAGCACAACCUGCUGAGGUUGUCUCAUUAAUACUUUCCGAUAUUGUGGGAGAUCCUUUGGAUUUAAUAGCUAGUGGACCAACUACUGAAGACGAGGAUAAUCAGCAGAAAGCACUUGAAAUAAUUAAGAAGUAUGAACUAUACGACGUCCUACCUCCAUCAAUUAAAGAGGUUUUAAAAAAAGAGAAAUCAAAAGGAUUUCCCAAUGAUAACGUCAAAAAUCAUAUUAUAGGAUCAAAUAAAUUAAGUAUUCCUGCAGCAUACAAUAAAGCAAAGGAAUUGAACUACUGGCCCUUAGAAAUUUCAAACCAAGUUACAGGUAAUGUUAAAAUUGUGGCAGAAAAAUAUGUGGAAUUGACAAAUUAUAUUUGUCAGUUUGUAGUUGGUCAAUUGGAUACAAAAUUGUUAGAAGAGAAACUCGAAAAUCUAGAGAUUCCUGGUUUAGUCUCCAAUUUACCAAGGCAAUUAAGUGAUGCUUGUGUCGUAGAUAAAGAUCUUUGCCUGAUCUUUGGUGGAGAAAUAACUGUUGAGGUAAAAGGAAAUGGAAAAGGAGGAAGAAACCAACAACUUGCUCUAGAAUUUUCAAGAAAAAUUAACAAAAUUAAAGAUUCCUUUGAUAAUUUUGAUGUCAAUUUCCUAAGUGCUGGUACUGAUGGUAUUGAUGGCCCAACUGAUGCUGCUGGGGCUAUGGGUCACAAAAAUCUAAUUUUAGAUGCAAAGAAAAAAGGAAUAGAUGUAUAUAAAUAUUUAGAUAAUAAUGAUUCAUACAAUUUCUACAAAAACUACAGGGAAGGUGAUCUACAUGUCAUUACAGGACAUACUAAUACUAAUGUUAUGGAUAUACACUUGAUUAUAAUAAGGAGAAUAAAUAAAUAGACUAGAAAUACUUUACAAAAAAAAUAUAUUUCAUACAACAAAUCUGUUAUUUCAUUACCUAUUUAUGUAGAUGGUUUUAAGAAUAAAUUAAGUUUGUUCUGUU